GUGUUGCCGCCGCGUGGAGCCGCGUUGCCCGCUCUCUGCCCGUCCCGUCCGAUCCCGGCUCCCCCAGCCGUGCCCGGCGGGCCGGCGGCGUGGGGAUGGGCGCGGGGCUGUGAGGGCGGCCCGAGCCGUGGCCAUGGGGAACAUCUCCUCCAACAUCUCGGCCUUCCAGUCCCUGCACAUCGUCAUGCUAGGCUUGGACUCGGCGGGGAAGACCACCGUGCUCUACCGGCUGAAGUUCAACGAGUUCGUCAACACGGUGCCCACCAUCGGCUUUAACACGGAGAAGAUCCGGCUGAGCAACGGGACGGCCAAGGGCAUCAGCUGCCAUUUUUGGGACGUGGGUGGUCAGGAGAAGCUGCGCCCGCUCUGGAAGUCCUACAGUCGCUGCACCGAUGGCAUUAUCUACGUGGUGGAUUCGGUGGACGUGGAUCGGCUGGAGGAGGCCAAAACGGAGCUGCACAAGGUGACCAAGUUCGCCGAGAACCAAGGCACCCCGCUGCUGGUGAUCGCCAAUAAACAGGACCUGCCCAAGUCUCUGCCGGUGGCCGAGAUCGAAAAGCAGCUGGCCCUGCAGGAGCUGACCCCUUCCACCACCUACCACAUCCAGCCCGCCUGCGCCAUCAUCGGCGAGGGGCUGACCGAGGGCAUGGACAAGCUGUACGAGAUGAUCCUCAAGCGGAGGAAGUCCCUCAAGCAGAAGAAGAAGCGGUAGAAGCUCCGCAGAGGCGGGGAGGGUUGAUAGGGAAGCAGACAAAGGGAACUACUGAGGGGGAGAGAGAACCAAAGCGAUUCUUUUGGGUUUGAUUUUAUUCUUUUUUUAAUUCUUAUUUUAUUUUUCCCCCCUCCUUUUUUUAAAUGAAAAGACAAUAGUGGUGGUAACAAAGCCGCUUCUGCCAGCAAGCCUCUCCCACCGUCCCUCUCCGUGGACCACUGUGCUCAAAAGGGCCGAAUCCAGACCUCCUGGGAAGUGGCGGAGACACCACCCGCCUCCCCUUCCAUCCUCCGGUACCACCGAGCUUUAUUGUGUCGGGGGCGAGCAGGGCAGGACCCUGUGGAAGUGCAUUUGAGAGUGAAGCCCAGCGUGGUGCUUCUGGAUCUUUAAUGUG